AUGGGGAAAACAGGGAAGGCCUGUUUCAACAUUGUCGCCUGUGGCAGGGGUUCCGCCGACCACGACGAUGUGGAACCGUCGGAGGUAAGUGCGGAUCCUCGCCGAUCCCCGCCGAUCCCCGCCUGUUUAUUCUCGCUCUUGAUGGGUUGGGGAUUUAGAUUUUUGUUUGGCGCCUGAUCUCGCUGUUUUCCCUUGCUUCUAUUGGAUCUGCUGCUUGUUGGUGGUUUUCUUGUCGCAGCAUUGCCGGGUGCAGCAGGCCUGGACAUUAGUUUUUUUGUUUUUUCCUUCCGGAUGCUGUACUUUAUCCACCUUGCUUGUGCUCACUCUUGCCGUUGAUGAAAAAACUGUAAAUUUGGUUAGCUCGCCAGCGAAAGUAGACGUGGAGUUGUAACCGAAGUGUCCGCUGAAUCUACAUUUCAUUCAUAGUGUUGAUUGUAAAGUUUUUUUAGCUUCAAUGCACAUUAGAUCCAUCAUUACAAUUCGGUGGAGCCUGAAGCUGGUUACGGCUAAAAUGAUGCCGUUUUUUUUUUUUUUCUCUUGGUGGCAUUUGUGCUGUGUUUUCCUGUGUUGACGGGAUUUGGACCGUUGAGGCUAUUUUCAGUGUGUCAGUCGCAUAGGUCGCUCGUGCCAGGGUUGGAUGAAUUCAAUGAAAGAUCUCAUUUUAUCUUUGCUUCAAAUGGUCAUUUUCAUGGAGCCGUCAAGUGAUGAUGGUUCAGCAGAUUCGUCGUAUGUCAUUUUUUUUAAGGUUCCAGGUAGGAUCAGGUUACUUAGAACAAGUUCGGAAAUUGGAUUUAGGAAGAUGCUAGGCUGCCUGAUAUUAGAAUUAGUCAGCCAGGCCGAGCAUGACACUGUUUCAGUAUUUCAUCAGAUCAGGUGGUUCCGUGGAAACCCUUUCCUCUUCCAAGAAGAUUGCUGUGAAGAAGAGAGAAAAUGAAAGUUAUUACUGCUCCAGUUUUAGAGGUACCUGUUUUUAGUGAUGAAAAAAGUAGCUUCCUGGGGCUGAGGCGAAAAAUCAUGGAGUUAACAAUUUCAUUAUGAUAAUGCCCUGUUAUUCAGUGAAAUUUUUUCAGUUUGAGGUUGGAUUUUUUCAGCGGGACGUAAUUUUUUGCGUCAAUAUGAAAUUCGUAAACUGUCUGGGAAGCAUCUCCUGAUCACCCCUCUUUACUUUUCAGUCUUAUGUUCUUUCAUCUAAGAGGUCUUACCCAACGCCUCAAGAAAAACUCCGUGUUCUCCGUGCAGUGCGAUUCUGCGGUGCUGAAUUAUCCUAUUGCGUAGUGGAUUUAUUUUCCCCCUGGGAUUCUGUAUCUUGUUCUACCUCCGUCGGAUUUGAAGAAUUUUGUUGAGACAGCUCCAUAUCUUCCGUUUUUAUAGUAGCAAGGACAAGAAAAUUUGAAUUUUUUUUUAUGGAAAAUCAAAGGACAAAGUAUUCCUUGUGGAAAAUGGAUGCAUCUGGAAAAUUUUAGAUUUUUAUGAUUAUCCAGGUGAUUCUGCCAUAAGUCAGUAUCGUCAUUGAUGGGCUUUCUUUGAUGGAAGAUCGUGCAGGAAAGCACCUUCUGGAUGUUACUUACUCUGAAUGCAUCUCUAAAAACGCACGAAAUGAAUUUGUGUAACAUAAUGUGCAAUGCGUCUGUCCACAUGAAGCUAGUCUUUGGCAAUGAGUGUUUAUUGAACAAUUGUUGCAGAAGUUCUUGGUUAAAGCGAAAUGUCUCUAGACAACAGAAUUGUUUCCAGCUGCAUUUUUAAGAAAAUAUAAGUGGUUGGGAAUGAGUUUUCUUGCUUUUUUAUGCAUCUCUAGAAGAAAUAAAUGCAUUGGCGUGGUCAUGGUGCUUUAUGUAAUGAUUUUUAUUUAUUGGCCAAACGCAAGGGAGUCGACUUGCUGAGAUGAUUCGUAAUUUCACUCGAAAGGCAUGGAGUUUGUUACCGUCCCACAUGCUUGUAGUUUCCAUGGGGGCAAGAGAGAUAGAUCAGGGAGGUAUUGGAUGACCAAAUGCAUGCAAAAAAUCGCAACUGGGUGGGUUACUUUUAUAUGGUAUCUUUUUGUGAUGGCCUCUGGGGUUUCUUUACGUUAUCUCCUUUUUUCUCUUUCAUUACGUCGUUAUUUAUAGAUUAAUAUUCUAUUGGAAAUCAUUUAUUACAAUUCAUACUCUCCCCCUUCUGUUUUAGCCCAGUAAAUGCCCAUGAUGGACUUGGUAGUAUCAGGUGACAUGCAAUAACGGGCCUAAGACAAAUUAGCCGAGUGUCAGGGAGGGUGGCAAAUGGGUAAUGCGUCCAUCUCAUUUCUGUAAUAUUUUCUGGCUGCCCCUGUUGUUCUCCAGGAUAAGAUAACUGCUCUCAAAUCCAGAGUCUGUAGAUUCCUCAAAGUUAUGGUGCAUGAAUCCUUACAGAGGCUUGGUGUAACCGCAAAUGCUAUGCGUUCAAUAUAAUCCCAGGGACUCGAAUAUAUCUCAUCAAGGGUGGCAUUUUUUGACGACUGUUUUUGGUUGAAUAAUUCGAAAAUUCAGUCAUAAGUAUUUGUCCGCCGAAAAAAUAAAAGAACUAAUUACCAUGGUAGCUUCUGCUGAAUGAUUUACUGGUUGUUGAAACUCUUCAUCUUGCAUUCCAUCAUGAGUCAUAUUUUAUAUUAGAACAGCUGUUCCUGUUUCAUAAUCAAUGUCGCAAUAUCGCUUUGGAGCUUAUAUUUCAUUUCUAUCAGACUAUGACAAGCAUAUUUGGUAAAAUGUUGCAUGUUAUGAUAAACAUUAUGCAUCUCUUGAAGGCUUUAAGUACGGUCUGUAUCAGAGACCUGGGAUAAACACUCAGUGGAGGUUGUUUCUUGUGACAAAAAUCUAAUAUUUUAGUGCACAAAGAUUUACUUCCGUCAAGCAAGGUCGUGAUUCAUGAUACAUAUUCUUGUUUCAUAUCAUCAUACAUGUUAAUUUUUUUGCCGCUAAAACUUCAGAACUUACUUUUAAUUUAGGCAAUGAAGGAAGAUCUGUUCGUGUACGGAUAUUUUCUUCACAUUGUAUUCCUUGUUCAAAUUUUCUGACUCUUUCUAUGUUCAAUAUCCUUCAGUCCAGAGUAUUGUCGAAUAAAUGUAGAUGGAGUUUCCGAAAGAGAUCUGCCCAUCAUCGUGUCUUAAGUAACACUGUCAUCUCAGAACCUUUACCUCUCAGCAAGGAGAGCCCAAAUGUCAGCCGUAAGGAUUCCGAUCUGCCAGAUAAUCCAUUCAACUUUGAGAAGCUUGCUUCACCAAAAAAGGCAGAUGACAGUCUCCCACCAGCAGUGGACUCGGUGGAUGCAGAAGUGGUUGACGCUUAUCCUACCACUGAAGAGACAAUUAAGCCUGAUCCUGAUACCUCGGAGUCUGCUGCUGCUGUGAUUCAGGCUGCUAUUAGGGGAUACUUGGUAUUUCAACUGCUCGAGUAUCCAAAAUUUGAGGAUUUUACUAUUUUCUUACUGUCUGAUUUUGAAACUUCUGCUACUUUCCACUAGGCUCGCAAGGAAUUCCGGAAGCUCAAGAGUGUAGUCAAGCUGCAAGCUGCCAUACGUGGACAUCUGGUGCGGCGGCAGGCUGCCGGCACCUUGCGUUGUGUCCAGGCAAUUGUCAAAAUGCAAGCCCUUGUCCGGGCUCGUCUUCUGCAACAAUCAGCAGGAGCCUUUGCUAAUCAGCUGAAGCUUGGUGAAACCUGCCAGACAAACAUUGAUACGCCAAGAUCGAUUUCCUUGGUAAGACGAAGUCUUAUUUGCUACAUUUUUGCAUAUUAAACUAUUGAUACAAGCAAUGUAGCAUGGGAUUGGCUUGGGUUUUAUGUGAAUGAAUGCUCUAUGAUCCUUUUUUAUCUUUCUUUGUUCCAGGAGGAUAAGGAGAGUUCCAGCAUCAAAGAGAAAAGAUCAUAUUCAUCUGAGAAGAUAACCAGAAAUGGCUUUGCCCGCCAGGUACAACCUAGUCAUUGUCUUCUGUUAGUCUCGUCACAUUCAGCUGUUUUUACCCUUUAUAUCGAAUUUCUUAUUUUUCUCAUUUAACAUGUAUAUGCAAGCUGUUGGAGUCAACACCAAAAACCAAACCUAUACACAUUAAUUGUGAUCACUCGAGAUCUGAUUCAGCGUGGAAAUGGUUGGAGCGGUGGAUGACCUUAUCCACCCCUGACAUUGUACACGAGGACUUCAACCUGAGUUCUUCUCAUCAGCAACAGAAGGAAAAUAUAAAGCUUGAUGCUUCAGAGGUGGCAGAUGAAGCUCUUGUUGCAGUUCAUUCUGCAUCUCCAGUUGAGAAUUUGACAACAUCAUCAGUCCCUUGCCAUGAAGAAUCUACUAUAAAAAUUGCGAGUGAUUCCGAGACCAAGAACAAUGAUCCGAGCGUGGCGGAAGAGAAUCAUGCAUAUCAUGAGAUCGCCGAGAAACAGUUGGGGCCCAGCUCAGAUGGUGUGGCAGCUCUUCAAUCAGCUUCCACACUGCAGUCUCCAGACGCCAUCUCUGAUGGGUCUGAAGAACAAUCAACCCAUUUUGGGAAAAGCACUUCCAGUGGUUCUCUGGAUGAUGAGGGUAAGAAGCCUUCAUUCGGGGCAAGGAAGGCCUGCAAUCCUUCAUUUGCUGCCGCACAAGCAAAGUUCGAGGGGCUGAGCUCUGCAAGUUCCCAGAAGUCGUUCAACUCCUCGAAGCCAGUCAGUCUCCCUUCUAACUUCGCAGAAGAUUCAGCUUCUCACGAUACAAGACUGUUACAAGCAGCGACCUCUGAGUGUGGCACAGAGAUCUCAAUCUCUUCAACUCUUGACUCCCCAGAUAGAUCUGAGACUGAAGGGGGAGAGAUCGUCCUCGAAAUCCGAAACCUCGAGAGAAGGGAUUAUGAAGAGGAUGAUGGCUCUUAUGAUGAUCCAUCCACCCGCGCAGAAGCCUUCCAGCAGCCCAAGCUCAAAGCAGUGAACGGAAACUCCACCGAGGUGAUCACAGUAGCUGCUCAUUCUGCUGAAGCAGAGCAUCAGCUGAAGCCGAUUCCCUCUGAUGUCAAGCUCCUCCAGGAAAAUGGUAUAGAUCAAGAUCCAAUCGGCAGAUCCACUCCUGAAGGUUCUCCCAGAAGCCACAUAACAGCGCCCGAGUCAAAUGCAACGCCAUCUAGCCAGAUCUCUGUGAAUUCUAGAAGGAACAAGGGGGAGAGAAGUCUACGCACCAGGAAGCAGAGACCCCCAGUGGCGGGCGCAAAGGUGUCCCCAUCGAACAUGAACAAUAUUACUAAUUCAGGGAAAGGCUUCUCUGAGGAACCCACCCAGGACGCGAAGAAUGGGAAGAGGCGGGAGUCGUUGGGGGCAGCCGUGCCCGACAAUGGGGAGCCGAACGAGCCGAGACCCAGCACCAGCAACUCGCUUCCCAGCUACAUGCAGGCCACGGAAUCCGCGAGAGCCAAGUUCAACGCCAAUUCUCCGAAAUCAAGCCCGGACUUGCACAGGGAGAUCUAUGCGAAGAAGAGGCACUCCCUUCCCCUGGUAAACGGGAAGCAAGAUUCGUCCCCUCGCGUGCAGCGUUCUUCACCACAGUCGCAGCAGAACACAAAGCAGAGUGGCGCCAAUUCUCCUUACAAUUCCGCCGGUAAGAUCCCGACCACCUAUCUCUAGCUGCCAAUCACUGGAUUUCUCUGAAUGUUCUUGAGCAAAUCCCCCAUGAAAGGCACCUGCUUGCUGGAAGAAAUGACAGCGAGAUAGGAUUGGAAUCGUCAUCAUAGUAGAGUGUUAACAGCUUAUCUUGUCUCAAAUCUUGGCUAAAGAUUGGUUGCAUUAAUAACAGUUAAUGUGGUUUGGUAGAACAGUCUCUCUUCUUACUCAGCGUUGACCCCGAUGACUCACAGACUUUAGCACACUUUUUUUUUCAGAAAGAAGAUGGCAGAGGUGA